AUGCGCAAUCAAACGUCAUUCCCGCCUGGAGCUGCAGGGCGUUUUCCACCGUCUUUCUUUUCUUGGCCGUCGGUCUUCUGUCCGCUCUGUCUGAAGCGCCCUGAGGCUUCACCGCCGCCUACCUCUUCGCGGCCGUCUUCCUGUCUGUCCUCUCGCGCUAAGACACCAGUCGAUCUGCGAGGCGCGGCAGUGCCGAAGUCUUCGGCUUGUGCCGCGCAGGCGCCCCCCUCGUCUUCGGGCCGCCUGUACUCUGCGCUGGCGGCGCCCGUGCCUCUCUCGUCUUUGUCUGCUGGGGGAGCCCUUCGAAGGCGCUUUUCUUCGCCUUGUUCGGUGUGGUCGCCGCCGCAGCAUUCUGUCUCCGUUGUCCCUCCUGUCGCCUCUUCGCCGCAGCAUUCUGUCUCCGUUGUCCCUCCUGUCGCCUCUUCGCCGCAGCAUUCUGUCUCCGUUGUCCCUCCUGUCGCCUCUUCGCCGCAGCACUCUGUCCCUGUUGUCCCUCCUGUCGCCUCUUCGCCGCAGCAUUCUGUCUCCGUUGUCCCUCCUGUCGCCUCUUCGCCGCAGCACUCUGUCCCUGUUGUCCCUCCUGUCGCCUCUUCGCCGCAGCAUUCUGUCUCCGUUGUCCCUCCUGUCGCCUCUUCGCCGCAGCAUUCUGUCUCCGUUGUCCCUCCUGUCGCCUCUUCGCCGCAGCACUCUGUCCCUGUUGUCCCUCCUGUCGCCUCUUCGCCGCAGCAUUCUGUCUCCGUUGUCCCUCCUGUCGCCUCUUCGCCGCAGCAUUCUGUCUCCGUUGUCCCUCCUGUCGCCUCUUCGCCGCAGCAUUCUGUCUCCGUUGUCCCUCCUGUCGCCUCUUCGCUUACUGCUGUCGGCCGCGAAGCCCAAAAUCGCGCACACAGGAGCCUGCUGGGGCGCUCCAUUCGACAAAGAGCCCCUCCGGCAUGGCUCAUCCUUUCUGACGUGGGUGCUUCAGCAGAGGCGUCCUGCGUGGCGGUGCUGGGGCCGCCAUGCGGAGCUCCGCAGCUUGCUUCUUCGUCUCGCCAACUCGGCGGAAAGGCCGAUACGCCGAGUGGUCUUCUAGCGCUUCCUAGGUCUUCUUCUUCCUCCGCCCCGCUCUCCUUGCGGUUGCUGACAUGUCUGUCUGCGCCGCCGUCUGUGCGGUCUUUUGCGCCGUCUCACCAGAUUCUCGCCAGCUGUCCGCCGGUGUCGACUGCCUCAGACUCGGGGCUGUCGUCUUUCGAGGCGCUCGGCGUCUCGCGUCGGAUUGCCUCCGCCGCCAACAGGACCCGACUCUGCGCGCACAUGCGAGUCCGCGAAUCUGAAAAGCCGCUCCCGAGCUUUAGGGUCGCCAGUGCUCUUCAGGACAGGCGCCAGGCUCCGGGGUUUUCGCUGACCUGGGGAACACUCCCGCAGGCCGGUCUAUCGACUGCAUGCGGUAAAAGUGCAGUCAGGCUCGAAGCGCCGCAGAGCGACCGCGUCGUCGCAAACGAAGAACGGCAGCAGCACGGAGCCUCGAAAAGGGCAUCACAGGGCGAGGGCGUUGCCUCUGCGUCCCCUGAGGCAGUUCUCUUUUUCCUCGAGGAAGUAGAGGAUGCCGUCGAGGAAACCGAGAGAGGCGAGGAGUCGAAUCCGAAGAAGAAGUGCGCCGCGAAGUGCCCAGGCUCAGAAGAGCGAGGCAGCCGCAUAAAACGGAGUUUAGGGCGACUGUGGCAGUCGAAAACCGCAGACAAAGAACUCGGAAGUGCGGUGGAGGUCAACGAUUCCAUUCAAGGCUCGAACCCGCGUGUCCUGCGAGAUCCGGGUGCUCUAUCGGCGGCAUUGUCCUCCUCCGCCAGCUUCUUGAGUCAGCACCCCACGACCGUAACGCCUUCUUCUUCGCUGCCUCCAGACGUCUCGUGUUCCUCACCAGCGUUCUCCGCCCUUCGCAGCGUCUCUUCUUCUGUAUUUUCUGCAUCUGGGUCCAAGGCUCUUCCGUGGCUUCCCGGCGGAGUCCUGCAGGGCAGGCCAGACGCAGAAGAAGAGCGUUUCGCGGUUUCCUCGGCGGAUUCGUCUCCUUCUGCAUUACGCCCGUGGCCGCCUCGCUCUCGCGUCUCGCUGCCUCGGCCGCCGUUCUCUCCGUCGCCCUCGUCCGAUGCUGAAUGCAUCACCGCCCCGCUCCCUUCUUCCCGGAGUUCAUCGGUGCCAGAAUCUUCGGCAUUCGUGCCUCAGCCGCAGAGCUUGCGGCCGCUGCCGGCUCCGCAGGUGUCGUCUGUGUUUGCGUCUGUGCUGGCGCCGACGUCUUCGCUCGCAGAGCUGCUCAGCGCGUCGCACGCGCAGCUGGCGGCCAUUGGCUCGGUGCUGGAAGCGGGGGAGGAAGGCGGGCAGGACGAAACGGUAUCUGAGAGAGCGGAGAGACGCGAGGCACGCGCGAGGCUGACCCAACUCGCAGUUGACCGGGGGGCGGCUGAAACGAGCCUGCGCAGGGAGACACGCGAAGCGAAGACGAGGCGAGGCACGUCACCGGCGCUCCCAUUUCCAUCCUCUGCGAGUGAGGACGCCGUCCGCGGCGACCGCGGAGGAGAAGAUCAGGAAGAGCCGCCAAGCGCGUCUGAAGGAGGCCUUGGCGAAAGCGCUUGUGCCGCCGACCUUCUCCUCAGCCCUACGGCGACGGCGGGCGACUACUCCGAGGCCAUCAAGGGGCGCGGACAUGAGCUGUCGUGCCUCAGAAGGGAGAUUGAGGCGCGCACAAACGCUCUGCAGCCGCCCUCUCCCUCCUUCGCCGCGUUCGUCCGGCGCCUAGUUCUCCUCGUAAACGACUUCCACCGCCGGCAGCCAGGAGGGCUGUCCAGCGCCCACGGAGAGGAAUGGGGCCUUGGAGGGUCGGGGACCGGAGCCAGUCGGGACGACAGCGGAGAGACAGCGGCUUCGCCUGCUGCGCUGUCCCCCGGCGAUUGCGGGAGCGAGGCGGCCGCGGCGAGGUUUGGAACGCCUCUGGAAGACGAGAUUCCGCCGCUGCACGGAGAGGGGCGUCUGGCGUUUCCGGUCCGCGUCCACAUUCUGCGUGCCAUGGCAGAGAGUUCGCUUGCCUUUGAUUUUUACCGCGCGCCGUUCGCGGACUUUAUCGCGGUGACGUUGCUCGAGUUCUCGCGCUACCUCUUUGCACCGUCGUCUGGCUCGGGAGUGGCGCCAGCACCCGCGCUGGACGGUCGGCAGCCGAAAGUGGAAAGCGAGGAGGGGCCGAAAGACCAAACACUGCUUCGCCUCUUGUGGAGUGCGGCCACGCUUCAGCUCCAGGGGCACUUCCGCGUGGCGUUUCUUCUCUCGUUUCGGCAUCUCAUGGAGAGACACGAGGACGCUGCACACGCUCGCCUCUCGGAGGCGGAGCUCUUCACAUGCGCCUCCAUGUGCCGCUACGCGGCGCUUUGCCGGGUGUGUUCGGUGGAGGCCCUUGAAGUUCUUCUCGCCCCAGAGAAUCUCUCUCGACUUGCGCUGAACACGCACCUCAGCUGGACUCUAGACGGUCUGCUGGCGCUGGUAGAUCAUGAGGCGCCCGUCCUCCAGCUCCGCGAGCACCUUCCGCACUCCCUGCUGUCCCCAGACGCGGCUUAUCAUUCGGCGCAGCACGGGCGCGCGUCGUGUGGAGGCCCGGGGGCCCUAGAGAGCUCGUCGCGCGCCGAGCGCGAACGAGGCGACGCCUCUUGGAUUGUCGCGCUGAAGGCCUUUGUCGCCCUAACCAAGGCUGCAGAUGCCGACGUCGCCCUCGCGGAGCAGAUUUUACAUAACUCCGUUCCCUGGGUCUCGCAUCAUCUCAGCCAAGUUCCUCUGGCGCUGCUGGCCUCGUUGCAAGCUGCACUCCGCCGCCUGAUUCGGGCGAAGGAGCAGCGUGCCAUGCGCGGGCUCGCCGACGCCCCACGCCGAGAGCCCGACGACGACAGCCCCGUCUCGGCGACCCUCCAGAGGGGCGGACGGCGCCCAGGAGGCUCAGAGGACGAGCAGCUUGCUACUGGGCAAGAGCUUCCCCCACCCCCCGCCGCAGAUGCGGCGCAUGCAGGGUGGCAAGGCGCGUCGCCUGCGCUCGACGCUGCGGUUCCAGAGGCUCCGUGGAUGACGCGCACGCAUGCCGAGACGCUCGAAGCCGGCGGGGGGCGGCGCAAGAAGAUUUGGAAUGACUCGCGGCUCUUGGGCAGUGAAGCCGCGCGCGUGCGCCGACAGAAGGAGCGAUACGGGCCCAUUCUCGACUUGCAUGCGGCGGUCUUCGCUCACAUCCGCUCUCGCCUGCAAACGCCGGCGCUCGCCAGAGAGAUAGACGACGUUCUCCACGUGAUGCUAGAAGGGAUUCCCGGGACCUACAUCCAUUCGUUUCCGCAUCAGCGACGCGCCGCAGGCUCGCUUCGGUGGAUUUGUUGGAAUCUCGUAAAGUCUCACGAUCCGGGAAAAAUGACGACGCCGCAGUUACUUCGUUUCCUUCACGCCGCCUUCCUGCACAGCUUGGCCAAAGACGCCGCCGAAAUGCUGCCGUUCCUGAACGAGCUGAAGGCCACGCGCCGUCCAGCUCUGCUGGAGAGCGAGAACCAGCUGCUUCUGUCGCAGAUUCUCUACGCGGCCUCGAAGAUGGCUGACAUCCCCGAGGAGAUCAAGAGCCAGUUUUUCAGAGUUGCCGCACGCCUGCAUUUGGCGGUCCUGCGCGGCGCCGACCGCGAAAACGCUGCGGACGCCGAAGCCGACGGCUUGGCGUCAAACUCAAAUAGGAAGGCAGAACCUUACGUCGUCGUUUCGCAACAGAUUGAUCUGCAGACGAUGCUGAAUGUCGCCACCUCAUUCCGAGCCUGCUCCUGGGCUGACCCAGAAGCCUGGGACCUGCUGGCGGCCUUCUACGUGCGCCACUCGCACCCGCUGUUCACGGACAUGCUUGUGGAGAGACAUUCGGCUUCGACGACGUCUCCGCGCAGCUCCUGUCCCCCCGCCGGUGUCUCCGCGCCCGCGUCACCUCUCGCGCCGACGUUGUUCCUGCGCGAACAACGCGGAUUCGUCGCGCCGUCUCUGGGGCUUCUGCCUGUCGUCCGCUCGAGCGCCGCCGAGCGCAUCAGGCACUCGUGGCUCCUCCGCUGGGCUCGCGCGGGCAUUCUGCUUGUUGCGAACUCGGUUCGGUUGACAGGGCGCAGCGACCCGCAGCUCGUCGGCCUGGUUUUUCACGUUCUAAUGGACAAGCGCCCGCGGCAGCCGGUCGGCGAGUCGGUCCUGAAGAUGCUGCCGCACGGCGUUCUGCUCGACGCCAUCGGCGCCUUCACGCUGCUCGGCGUCCACUCGCGGAACCCGACCGCCUUUGACAGCUUGCUGGAGCACAUCACCACGCGCGAUGGCUCGCUGGUGCUCGUUGACAAACUCGCGACGCUCACCGCAUGGACUGUGACGGAUAUUCUGAGGAAGGAGGGCGACGAGGCUCACAGAUGGCGCGUGUCUCAUCUCGCGAGCGACCGCGGAAGCAACCCGCUGUCUCAUAUCUCGCGCGUGUCGCAGCGGGAAAUCGAGAAGCUGUUUUCGCCGUUCAAGAGGUCCUGCGAAGCGGCAGUGCUCGACGUUAGCCAGAGGCUCCACGAACUAGGAGUCCGCCAUGCGCUGUGGCCCGAGGUACCCGACGCGCUGCCUCUGGCUAUCUCGCUCGAUCUGCCGUUGCCAGCGACCGGCUCGCCGGCGGCGUCUUGCUCCGCUGCUGUUGCGUCGCGGGCCUCCGCCGGGUUCAGCGGCGGCGCUGAGCGGAUGACGUGCGGCAUCAUUGUGUGUCCGCCGUCGAUAACCGAGCGGCGGGAUCGAACGGCGAAGGCCUGCCCAAUCGCCUUCCCGGACCAGAGCCCCUCGGAAUCUCUCAGCAUGUACUUAACGCGGGAGUUCCACAGGAACGCCGAGGCCUUUCGUCUCGCGAAACGCUUCCUGUUCUUUGAUGUCGGCGACCUGCCAGAGGCUCUCAGAAGGAGAGGGUGGCAAUCCCUUCUCUUUCUGUGCCUUUCGGACUGGCGCCCAGCGACAGGUGAACUCACAGAGACUGGCGACGAAGAGGUAGCUCGGCAACGCCGGUUGUUGGAGGACCUCCUGGCCAUCACUGGGGCGUCCCCGGCUCCCUCGGAUCUACACAUUGGGAGCUCAUGCAGCGGAGGCCUCGCUCCAAAACCGGUAGAACUUUUGGCGGCGACCUCUGCGGUCACAGCCAGUGAAUAG